AUGGAUUGGGGAUCUCUGCAUGCCAUCUUAGGAGGUGUGAACAAACACUCCACCAGCAUUGGAAAGAUAUGGCUCACAGUCCUGUUCAUCUUCCGUAUCAUGAUCCUGGUUGUAGCAGCAGAGAGAGUCUGGGGAGAUGAACAACAAGAUUUUGUCUGCAACACACUUCAACCUGGGUGCAAAAAUGUUUGCUACGACCACUUCUUCCCCAUCUCUCACAUCAGACUCUGGGCCCUGCAGCUGAUCUUUGUCUCCACGCCUGCGCUGCUGGUGGCCAUGCACGUGGCUUACACCAGGCACGAGAAGAAGAGGCGUUUCAGAAAUGGUGAGAAAAUUAACAUCGAAGAGCUGAAAAAYGAGAAAAUCCACAUCCAGGGGCCAUUAUGGUGGACGUACACCAGCAGCAUCUUCUUCAGGAUCAUCUUUGAAGCCAUCUUCAUGUACACCUUCUAUUACAUGUACGAUGGGUACCAAAUGCCUCGCCUGGUGAAGUGCAAUGCGUGGCCCUGCCCCAACACAGUGGACUGUUUUGUUUCUCGGCCCACUGAGAAAACCAUGUUCACCAUUUUCAUGCUUGCUGUGUCUGGGAUCUGCAUACUGCUGAAUUUGGCUGAAUUGUGCUACCUAGUGAUAAAAGUUUGCAUGAGAGAACGCAGGAAAUCCACAGCUUUAAAAUAA